UGUCGGGUUGACGAAGGAAAUGCUCGUGUUUUGACGGAGCUGUAAUGCAGUGUGGCGAUGGGCAGGUCUUGAGAGGAUGUGAUCGGAAUGCCAAGGGCUGCAGAAAUCAGCUAUCUAGUUCUCCCUCCCUCCUCCCAUCCUGGGGACCCCCCUCCCGGCCACCCUCCCCACGCUAGGCGAGAUCGGCUCUGCCCGCGUUUCCAGCCCACCCCUCUUGCAAUUGCAAGUCGCACCAAUAGAACAGGGCAAUGCUGGGGAGUCAGCCAGGCCCUCUGGCAACAGAAAUGUAAACCCAGUGACUUACUGGUAGGUUUCCCCCCACCCACCCCCGCCUGCUGCAGCCACAUGCUCCUCGUGUCCUUGCUGCAGGCGGAGGGGCGAGACAUCGGCAGUCCCGCUGCCCUGGGCUCUCUGCGGUUCGCGGGGCAGCUCCCGGGGACGCUCGGGCUCGAGGCAUGACAUAGAGCGCCUCUGUUUCCCCUCCCGAAGCGGCGGCGAAGCGGCAGCCCCCCAAAUGGCCUGGCCAGAUGCGGCAGGUCUGCUGCUCAGCGCCGCAACUGGAGGAGGCUCCGUGCGCCAGCAGCAGCAGCGCCCGCCCCGCUGCGCCUCCCGAGCAGCCGCAGCCCUGCAGCCCGGACAGCAGCCGCCGCAGCAGCCGCCGCAGCCGACGGCAUGAGGCGCGAUCCGACCCCCGGCUUCUCCAUGCUGCUCUUCGGGGUGUCUCUCGCCUGCUACUCCCCCAGCCUCAAAUCGGUGCAGGACCAGGCGUACACCGCGGCCGUGGUGGUGGAGGGCAAGGUGCAGGCGCUGCCCCCCCCGCCCGGCAGCGGCAAUGGCACCCGCGAGCCACCUGCCUCCGCUGGGGGGGUCCUGGUGAAAGUCUUGGACCUGUGGCCCCGCAACAGCGGGGGGCUGCAGCGCGAGCAACUGAUCAGCGUGGGCAGUGCGGGCUCCCCGGCGCCCUGCUUCAAAGUGAAGAGGAACCACCGCUACAUCUUCUUCCUGGAGCCCACCGAGCAGCCCCUGGUCUUCAGGACAUCCUUCGCCCCCCUGGACACCAGCGGCAAGAACCUCAAGAAGGAUGUGGGCAGGAUCCUGUGCGCAGACUGCGAGUGCGAAUGCUGCCCGGAACAGAAUUUCUUUCAGUCGUGACGAUGACCUAUCCUGGUAACUUACUCCUGCUGGACGUUGUCAGUUGUCUAACACCUCAAUGGCAAUCCCUAUAGUCUGCAUCCGUCACCUCUAGGCUGGUUGCAGUACAAGCAUGCAGGUGAUUAGGGAGAUAGCAUCCAGGGUUCUGGUGGAACGGUGCAGCUCCUUGGUGUCAGAAAGUCAAAUAAACACGAACUGAUUUGUUACAAUUUGCGAUUGAAUUCAGAGUCUAUUUUGAAAUUGGAUUUCGCUGUUCUUUUUGUUUGUGCUUCAGUCGCAUUAUAGCUCACUAAAGUAUUUGUUGUCAGUCUCUUAUAUUUUUCAUAUUUAAUGUUUCUUUUUGUUCUUGUUUUCCUUUGAUAACUGCAGCCAGUCUACUGAAUGAAAGACCUUGUAAUAGCAUGAAUUUCUGGCCCCAUUAACUCUGUAGCCACUAAAUUGCAUCCAAUGCACUGCUUUCCUAUAGCAGAUAACGUGUUUACAAAUGCAGAGACAGAUAUUUUGUUGACAUGUGUACGGGUUUUGGAAUAGACUGGCUAGCAGGGAUGUGCAAUA